AUGGAGUACUUCAAGCUCAAGAUCAUCAGAACCCCCGCCGGGAGUGCUCUCCCGUCACCAUCGUCGGCGGAUUCCUAUCAUGAGUUCGCCGGUCUCCGGCUGUUGACACAGCACUCCGCAGUGUACUGCCACUGCCGGCGCCGGCGUCCAGCCGAGGAGUUGUACCGGCUGGAGUGCAAGUUUCAGGUCAAACGGGUCGUUCUGAGGACGGAUCUAGUCAGCCUCUGCAAGGCAAAGCAGUGGAUUUCAGAAUCCCCAACUCAAACCGCCAGCUCUCUGCUUAACGAUGCAGCAAAGAACAUUGCAGAAUCCCCUGCCGGUGGAAAUGAUGGCUUUCUGCCUAACGAUGUGCCAAAUGAUGACGACGAGAAGAAAGAAGAAGCAGAAGAAGAAGAAGAAGUCGUGAAAGAAGAAUACUGGAGCUGUGGGCUGUGCAAGGUCGUCGUCAGCAGCGAGGUAACUUUUAACAAACACCUUGAAGGCAAAAAACACAAGCGCAAGGAAGCUGCCGUGGUGAAGAAGCAAGACAACCCAGAACAGAUUGUAGGAGGCUCUGAGUAUCAGAAGAAGUUCAUGUUCUGGUGUGAAGCUUGUGAAGUUGGCAACCAUUCUCGAGAUGUCAUGAGUAAGCACACCGGUGGGAAGAGACAUGUCAGCAGGAUGAAGGAGCUUGUUGCUCAGCCUUGGCUGUGA